AUGGCGCCGCCGAACGGCAGGAAGAAGGUGUGGGGCUGCCGCCGAACCGCGGGAAAACCAACGGCAUCGAGCCCUUCAAAAAAAAAAAAAUGCUGCAUCGAGCUGAAUCUGCUGAAUGCUCCUAGCCCAACCGUACCAACGCUCAACAAGCUCACCGAGAAAACCCUUGCGGCGCUCUAUGGUGGCAAACCCACCGCUGCCACCCCGGCUACCUCAAGGGACCGCGCCGCCCACCUCGCCGCCGCCGUCCACGGCUCGGCCGCGGCCAAGAACUUUGCGCACGCCAUCCGUUUGACGAAAUCCCUCGUCCAGGCCUCCUCCCCCGGCGCGCGCCCGGGCGCUGCCGCCUUCGCCGCGCUCGCCUCCACCUCCAGCUCCCCUGGCCCCGCGCUCGGGGUGCUCGUCAUCGCUCUCUCCCAGAUGGCGCUCCACGACGAGGCGCUGUCCGUCUUCCACCGCCUGCCGACGCCGCCGGCGCUGCCCGCCUGCAACGCGAUCCUCGACGUGCUGGUGAAAGCCCACAGGUUCGACCGCGUCUGGAAGCUGUUCGACGAAAUGCUGAGCCGGGGGAUGGCGCCGACCGUGGUGACGUACAACACGCUCAUCAACGCGUGCCGGCAUGAGGGUGCUGUGGCGAAGGCUCGGGAGGUCUGGAAGCAGAUGUUGGCGAGACUGAUUGGUCCAAAUGUGGUCACUUACUCGACGAUGAUAUCCGCACUUUGUGACGAGGGCUGCAUUGCCGAGGCUGAGCGGCUGUUCCUUACCAUGAAGGAAACAGGGAUGCGACCCAACCAUUACACAUACAAUGCACUGAUGAGCAGCCACUGCAAGAGAGAUGGUAUCAAGAGGGCACUCACGUUGUACCAGGAACUGCUGAAGAGUGGUCUUGUUCCCAAUGCUGUGAUCUUUACAACGCUGAUUGACGGUUUCUUCCAGGUGAACAGAACAAGUGAUGCAAAAAAUAUUUUUCUUGACAUGCACAGGUAUGGAGUUGCUCCCACUGUGCCCGUGUACAACAGCUUGAUUGAUGGAGCUUUCAGGUCUGGUGAUUCACAAGAAGCAUUAACAGUUUAUGAGGACAUGACUCGCCUAGGUUUGUGCCCAGAUGAGUUCACCUGCAGCAUAGUUGUAAGAGGCCUCUGUUCUGGAGGUCAAGUGAAGGUAGCGGCCAGGUUUCUUGAAGCAAUGCAGCAAUCUGGUAUUAAUCUUAAUGCAGCUGCAUACAACGCGCUAAUUGAUGAGUACUGCAAGAAUGGAAAUCUAGCUGAAGCCCUGGCAACAUGCACAAUAAUGAGUGAGGUUGGAAUUGAGCCCAAUGUGGUGACAUACUCCUCCUUGAUAGAUGGGCAUUCAAAGAAAGGGAAGAUGGAAAUAGCAAUGGCUAUAUACACGGAGAUGAUAGCCAAAGGGGUUGAACCUAAUGUGUUGACAUACACGGCUCUGAUUCAUGGCCAUGCCAAGGAUGGUGACAUCAAUGCUGCUUUUAGGUUACAGAAGGAGAUGGCGGAGAAAGGCAUUUCUCCUAAUUCAGUCACAGUGUCAGUUCUUGUUGAUGGUCUCUGCAGAGAGAAUAGGAUUCAAGAUGCAGUCAUGAUCUUCAUGAAGCACUCAGGGCAGAAGAAGCAUGCUGACAUUCGUACCUGUUUAUCGAACUCCACAACUGAGGAAGACCAUUCAAUCCCAAACAGUGUGACAUACAUGACCUUGAUAUAUGGUCUUUAUUUAGAUGGCCAAUACCGUGAAGCUGGUAAGUUCUUCUCUUGCAUGAGAGAAUCUGGUAUGGUGCCCGAUAGCUUCACUUACUCACUACUGAUUCGUGGACAGUGCAUGCUUGGCUAUGUCUUGAAUGCCAUGAUGCUCUAUGCUGAUAUGGUUAAGGUUGGUGUUAAACCCAUGACAACAGUCUGUCCUGACAUUUGGUCAAGGGAUGCACCAAAUGAUCUCAAAACUGUUGAAACAUAAGUGUUGGCUCAUCUGACUAGAAUCAAGGCUUGAGAGAAGUUUCACAGAAGCCCAGUUUACAGAUCGCGAACCCCAUGACUUGUCAGUCAUCACAAUGAAGAACCAUUCUGCUACAUCUGGGACAGAACUGAGAGCUUGCCAUCUCAAUAGCCCUUCACAUAUGAGUUUCAACUAAGGGUUUCUUUUUGGAGAAAUUGAACCUGCUUCUCAAGGCAAAUGAAGGUUCAGCCAACUUCACAUUAAUUUGGAUCAUUUUGGACCACCAGCUCUGUGAAUGGAAAAUAUGGGAAGUCCCGUACCUUAUAGAUGAUAUGUUGAUUAAUAGAAGCUGCACAAGAUGAUUGUAAGCUUUCUCUAAGGGACGCAGAUGGCUAUAAUGAACAGAGCUUCAGAGUUGAAGCCCAGCUGUAGCAAAUGACCGAUUGACAGUAAUGCGAUCUAGCACGCUAAACCGCUUCUGUGCUGGUUGAUAUACAAAUUGCUUGUGUUCUGAGCUAGCCGAGCUCGGAGUAGAGACGGAGAUGCAAGUGUGCAGCACAUGCUGCACUAGGACUAUAAUGGACGAUAUGAUCCAUAUCACCUUAGUCAUAGAUAAUUUGUACAGCUUCGCUGCUGAUAGUCAAAUUUGCUGCCACAUGCGAGAUGUGAAAGAUGGUCUCCUAUUUUUAUGAGAUUAUUAAUGAG